AGCAACCAUUUUAGAAGACGGUGAGUACCAACCGAGAUAGUUCUAACUCUAUUGUAAUUGCUGACGUCAUAGCAAGAAAACCCCAUCCUUCCGAAGUGGCCAUCAGGCGAUGCAUGCACCCUCGAGGGGAAGAUAGAUCGGAACACCCACAAUGAUGAUGCCGAUGGUCGGUAUCACUGAGAGACAAUCCACCCUAGCCACCUGUACCGGUAGCUAUUACUUUUAAAUAGUAGCAUCUAUUUAUCAUGACAUCCACUACUACUACUUCAACGGCAUUGGUCAAAAUGCUGCAGAGCCCCGCUGGUGCCGCGGCUGGCAAGGCCAUGGGGGAAUUGUGUGUUUCGGGUGUCAUCGGUGCCGGUUGUGUCACCCAAAAGCUCAUUACGCAAGAAAUGGUCCGAGCACUCAGCCGCGCCAUUUACACCAUUCUGCUGCCCUGUUUCAUUGGCACCAAUAUUUUGAAAACCGUAUCCAGUCAAGGAGGCAAGUUGUCCCGAUCAUCGCUCUGUGUGCCCUUGGUGGCCGUGGCACAAUCGGCACUCUUGUUCCUAUUGGCAAAGCAUAUUUUGAUUCCUCUCUUUGGAUUGGAUCCAGACUCGGAUGAGGGAAAAGUACUGUCGGUCACGUGCUGUUUUGGAAAUGCGGGAGUCUUGCCAUUUGUCUUUGCGGAAUCCAUGUUUCGAGAUAACGCAUCCUUAUUACAGCGAGCCUAUUCUCAAGUGUCCUUUUUCAGUGUGGGCUGGUCACCCUUUUUCUGGUCCUUUGUUCCCAAGGUGCUGCAGAUUUCCAAAAAGCAGGAUUCCAAUCAAAACGACAAUUUGCUGCAAAGAAUCCUGCAAGAGAGUAAAGUCUUCUUUCCACCUCCUGUCAUGGGAGUGGUGGUAGGACUGCUACUUGGACUCACUCCGUUGAGUCCGCUCUUGCUAAGUCUCGAUGCGGAAACAAAAGCACCUCUUGCUGUUGUCUACAAUAGCUUUCAAAACUUGGGAAAAGCCGCCAGUCCUCUGGCAGUCUUGGUGUUGACAUGUUCCUUGGCAUUUGGUGCCGGGAAAAAGCUAGAGAACGGAACAACAACAUCCAGAGCAGCAUUCUUCCAAAAAUGGGCCUGUGUCUCCGUGGCACGGUUUCUCGUCUCCCCCCUGGUCAUGCUGGGAAUACUCAAGGCAUUGUUCGCCGUGCACCUGAUUGGGUCGCCACAGGAAGAACCCAUGCUGUGGUUUGUCUGCUUGCUGCAAAGCAUCAUGCCACCGGCACAAAACUCGGUUGUCUUGCUCCAGGUGGCAGGGAAAAGCGAAGAGGCCAGUCAAAUGGCAAAGUUCUUGUUUUCCAUCUACGCUACAUCCAUGAUUCCCAUUGUGGGGCUUGUCACCGCAUCUUUAGACUCGUUAGGAAUAGCUCCAUAGUCGGUUCACCGUAAACAGCUACUAGCAAUCAUGCUUAC